AUGCGUUUCUCGAUGGAAUCAAUAUUAUGCGGUCAAAUGGACAACAAUGGUGCUACAGGGCGCAAACGUCCUCAUGAAAGUUGCAGCAAUGACGCAUGUGUUGGUAGCACAAAUAAAUGCAAAGAAUCAAACAGUGAAGUUUUGAGGGCAAGUGCAAGUCCUGAUCGACCGGAAAGUUCUUCAUUAAACAGCUCUACUAAUAAUGUAACUCCUGUUCACAGUUCAAGUUCGCAUUUAAUCGACAACAGCUUUUUUCCGGAAGAGCACAUAAGCAAUAAAACCGAUGCUGAUCAGGCUGGUUGUAGCACAAAAUAUACGAAAUCAGGGAAUCAGGAAGGAAUUAUCAGCAAGAGAAAUGUUUACAAUGAUGGAAAAAUGGGUAUCAUUAGAUCUUCUAAAUCGGAAGGUUCAAUAUCACCAAAAUGGUCAACUAAUUUUGUUAAAGAUAUCAACCGUCCUGGUUCCAGUCUGGAAAUAUAUCACGAAUCAUUUAAUUUUAGUUCAGAUGAUGAGGGACAGUGCGAAGAGAACUCAAGGCAGAGCAGCAAGCACAGCAGUAAUCGGAGCAAAUCUGGCGCAACGAAGCCAGCUUACUCAUACAUUGCCUUGAUCGCAAUGGCUAUUCUAAAUAGCCCUGAUAAGAAGUUGACUUUGUCGCAAAUAUGCGAUUUUAUUAUUAACCGAUUUCAGUAUUAUCGGGAGAAAUUUCCGGCAUGGCAAAAUUCAAUCAGGCAUAAUCUGAGUCUAAAUGAUUGCUUCGUCAAAAUUCCACGAGAGCCAGGAAAUCCCGGGAAAGGGAAUUAUUGGGCAUUAGAUCCGAAAGCUGAAGAUAUGUUCGAUAAUGGGUCAUUCUUGAGGCGCCGCAAAAGAUUCAAGCGUCAGCAACCAGAACCAGAUUAUCAAUCAGUUGCUUAUCCGGGAGCACCGUUUUUACCCCCAGGACCACCCUUCCUACCUCCCACAUUUCUCGGGACUCAUGGUGUCUCACCGCUUCCGCGACUAACACCUAUCAGACCGGCUCCAUCAUUGCCAUUUCCACCACUCGUGCCUCGUUUAUCUGAAGGUUUUUCGCCUCAAAUUCCAGUUGCUAAUCCACGAACAUUAAUAGUAUCGUCAGCUACCCAUACAACUUCACCUUUUCCAUGCAUUCCCACGGGUAUAUCACCAACUACCGAUCAUCAGAAAUUGCUUGCCACAAUAGCUGCAAAAGUUACAGCUUCAUCUCAGAGCAACAGUAGCGCUGCAACUUACAAGUGA